UAAAAGAGAAAGCUUUAGUGAAUCUGAUCUUUGAUCAACUGAAUGAUUAAUUAUUGUAGUUGUUCAUAUCUCUUGAAGCUGUGUAGAACCCUUAAGCAUCUGCAUCAAUUUCACGCCCAAUUCAUCACUUCGGGACGAAUCUCCAGUAGUCUCAACCAGAACUCUGUUUUCGCCAAUGUCCUCUUCGCCAUCACCUCUAUUUCACCGUCCGCGUCGACGUCGAAUGUGGUCGUGAGCUACGCGACUUCGGUUUUGAGAUUCAUCACAAACCCAUCAACGUUUUGCUUCAAUACGAUCAUUAGGAUUUAUACGCUUCAUGAGCCGUUGUCUCUCUCUUCUCAACGUUUCUUCGUGGAGAUGCGACGUCGCUCUGUUCCUCCCGAUUUCCACACUUACCCUUUCGUAUUCAAGGCUUGUGCAGCAAAGAAGAAUGGUGAUCUUUCAUUAGUCAAGACUCUGCAUUGUCAAGCUUUGAGAUUCGGAUUGUUAUCUGAUUUGUUCACUCUCAACACUCUGAUUCGGGCUUACUCAUUGAUGGCCCCAAUCGGUAGUGCCUUGCAGCUGUUCGACGAAAAUCCUCAAAGAGAUGUUGUUACCUACAAUGUGUUGAUCGACGGGUUAGUGAAGGCAUGUGAGAUUGUUCGUGCAAGAGAGUUAUUCGAUUCAAUGCCCUUUCGCGAUUUGGUUUCUUGGAAUAGUCUCAUUGCUGGGUAUGCACAGAUGAAUCAGUGCAGAGAAGCAAUCAGUCUCUUCGACGAAAUGAUUGGUUUGGGCUUAAAACCGGAUAACGUCGCCAUUGUUUCAACUCUUUCAGCUUGUGCACAAUCAGGGGAUUUGGAAAAAGGGAAAGCUAUUCAUGAUUACACGAAAAAGAAGAGACUUUUCAUUGAUUCGUUCUUAGCUACUGGAUUGGUGGAUUUCUAUGCAAAAUGUGGCUUCAUCGACACAGCGAUGGAGAUCUUCCACUUAUCUUCAGAUAAAACUUUAUUCACAUGGAAUGCAAUGAUCACUGGUCUUGCAAUGCACGGUAACGGCGAGCUAACGGUUGACUACUUUCAUAAGAUGGUUAGUUCUGGAAUCAAACCGGAUGGAGUAAGCUUCAUAAGUGUUUUAGUGGGCUGCAGCCAUUCUGGACUAGUUGGUGAAGCCAGAAAGCUUUUCGACCAGAUGAGAUCUUUGUAUGAUGUUGAUAGAGAGAUGAAACAUUACGGGUGUAUGGCGGAUUUGCUUGGAAGAGCAGGGUUAAUCGAAGAAGCAGCGGAAAUGAUAGAGCAAAUGCCUAAAGAUGGAGGAAAAAGAGAGAAACUAUUAGCAUGGAGUGGUUUGUUAGGCGGAUGUAGAAUCCACGGGAACAUAGAAGUCGCAGAGAAAGCUGCAAAGCGAGUCAAGGCGUUGAGUCCCGAGGAUGGAGGAGUGUAUAAAGUAAUGGUGGAAAUGUAUGCAAAUGCAGAGAGAUGGGAGGAUGUAGUUAAGGUUAGAGAAAUGAUCGAAAGAGACAAGAAGGUGAAGAAGAAUGCUGGAUUUAGUAAAGUUUUGUCUUAUUAGUCCAUCUCUAUUUGUUAUCUUAUCCAUGAUUACCUGAUAAACUUAAAAAUUUUAAUGGGCCCAGGCCCAACACCUA